CGUCCGCGCAUGCGCAUCCCUCGUUGCCAGCCUCUUGCACUUUUGUUUGAGCAACCGAAUUCGCUCCACGAAUUAAUUCUUCCCGAAUUAGCUGCGAACGGAUCGAAACGUCGACACCUUUUCGUCGAUCACUACUUUAAAGAAAUAAAACACCAUUGAAAUCUUCGUGUCGGGGUAAACUCGUUUUGGUGGUGCACGUUGAAGCUUCUCGGCCUAGUUAGCUUAGCUUAGCUCAGCUCGCUAGCCGCUAACAAAGAGACGCGCUUGUCAGCGACGCAUCGCAAAUUCGAGAUCGCCUGUGAAGGUGUUGUGAUUGUAUUGUGAAAAAUGUGUGCAAGAACGACAGCAAAGUGCGAGAAGGAACUUUCUGGAACGAAAGAGGAGGACGAGCCACGACGUCAACUCGUGGACGCAGUUCGCAUGCAGCCUCGUGUUGUGUUACACAGAGCAGACAUCACUGAAUAUCUUUGUACUGAGCGGCAGGAGCCAGAGCCCCCUCACAUGAAAGAGGAAGUGGAGGACAAAGAGGUCCACCACAUCAAAGAGGAGCCCAUUCUGAUGAAAAAAGAGGAGGAAGAAGUGCGCCCCCACAUCAAACAGGAAGAGAAGGAGGAGGAUAUCAGCACGUUUCCAUCAACUGGUGUCCCUUUGAAGAGUGAAGCUGAAGGUCAAAGUGAGGAGAGCAGAGGGGUGGAGCCUCCAAGCAGAAGCUCAAGCCAACACAUGAGAACAGAAGGUGAUGGAGAGCACUGUGGAGGAUCACAAGCAGACGGCCUCCUCUUUGCUCCAAUAUCAGAUAGUGACGACAUGACGUCACACUCUCCUCACACUGAUGAUGAUGAUGGACAGUCUGAAGGUGAUAUGACAUGUCACACUGAAAACAAACAAUGGAAAUGUUCUCAGUGUGGGAAAACAUUUGCUAGUAAGAAGACUUUGAAACACCACAUGAGACUACACACUGGAGAAAAACCUUUUUCCUGCUCAUUUUGUGGUCAAAGAUUCUCUCUGAAGCAAAGCUUCAAAUUACACACAAGAACACACACUGGAGAGAAACCUUUUUCCUGCACAGUUUGUGGUCAAAGAUUCUCUGUGAAGGAAAGCUUAAAAUUACACACAAGAACACACACUGGUGAGAAACCUUUUUCCUGCACAGUUUGUGGUCAAAGAUUCACUCAGAAGGGACACUUAAAAAAACACACAAGAACACACACUGGAGAGAAACCUUUUUGCUGCACAGUUUGUGGUCAAAGAUUCUCUGUGAAGGAAAGCUUAAAAUUACACGCAAGAACACACACUGGUGAGAAACCUUUUUCCUGCACAGUUUGUGGUCAAAGAUUCACUCGGAAUGAAAGCUUAAAAUUACACACAAGAACCCACACUGGUGAAAAACCUUUUUCUUGCUCAGUUUGUUGUAAAAGGUUCACUCAGAAGAAAGAUUUAAAAAUACACACAAGAACCCACACUGGUGAGAAACCUUUUGCCUGCUCAGCUUGUGGUCAAAGAUUCACUCGGAAGGAAAACUUAACACAACACACAAGAACCCACACUGGUGAGAAACCCUUUUCCUGCUCAGUUUGUGGUCAAAGAUUCUCUGUGAAGGAAAGCUUAAAAUUACACACCAGAAACCACACCGGCGAGAAACCUUUUUCCUGCUCAGUUUGUGGUCAAAGAUUCUCUCGUAAGGAUUGGGUAAAGCAGCACGAGUGUGCGGGUGAGAAUAGCAGUGAUCAAGAAGCUUUUAAUGUAAAUGUUUAAAAAAAAGUAAUGACUAUGCUACUGACUUACAAAAAUCUACAUUCUUGUAUUCUGUAUACCACCAUUUAUUGUAUCUUAUUGUUGUCCAUGUAUUUUAUAAGAGCCUCCAACGGGCAAAUAUUGAGAAUUAGCACUGGUGCCAAAAUACUUUAAAGGGACUAGUUAAUGGUGUGAACAUGGGCACUCAUUGCAGAGUUCUGGACUCAUAAGUGAUGUCUUCAGAAAAAAAGCCCUCCAAAAUAGACUCAGUCGUCAUUUUAGAAUCAUUUUCUGAUGAAAUGUUUGAUUUUCAGCCACAUUUUAGCCGGCCCAUAUUUUGGACCUCAGCCUGUCACAGCCUGACACAUAACGAGCAGUAGCCAAUUACAUUUUCUCAUUGAACUUCUGUGUUUUCCAUGGUGUAAUUUUUAUCCAUAUUUAAAGUCUAGGUGUAUUUUUUUUUAGACAAUAAUGAGUAAAAAUAGUGAUAGUUAAAUAUGUUUGGAAAAAUAAAAAAUAAAAUCACCGCUUUUAUUGGGUUCAUGCAUGAGGCUUGUCAGGAUGUGGCACUCGCCCGCUGUGUUUGUAUCACGUUAAGGAUGACAUUCUUAUAAAUUCGCAAUUAUUCAGCACAUUCAAUUUGUGAUUGAACAUAAUUUUGGGUUAGUACCUAUUCAUGUCAUACAAUUAUACAGUAUAUAACAUGCAAUAUAAUAUACAAAGCGGUGUUUGACAGCUAUGAUAUAUAAAAUAUGACUAAUUACUGCCACUUCAUAGUGUGGUACCCACACCAGCUAUGCCAGUGCUUUUUCAUUUUCGGUUUUGGUGAUGGAAAAAGGGGCGUUCGAAAGUGAAUUAGUUCUUUACCAAUUGCUCCAAAACGUAUUAUUAUUUGAAAUGACUGCCAGUUAAAUUUUCUUGAGCAAAAAAUACAUCAAAAGAGCUUUUUUUUGUGAAAUACGGACCAUUAAGACCCAUACUUCCUUUAAGCCAUGCAUGCAUUUUUGUCCAAUGUUUUAGUGAUGUCAAUAUCAAAUAAGUGAAUGAUUGAUUGAAAUAAGACUGGAAAGAAACUUUGACUUUUGGUGGUGAACUGAAAGGGUAUUUGUGAUCCUUAAUAAAAUACACCUAAAACAGUGA